AUGCGUUUCACUUCUGCCGUCGUUCUUGCUCUUUUCGGUACCGCCCAGGCCACCCCCGUCGCAGCUCCCGUGCCCGUCCUGGAGACUGCUGUUGACGCGCCCAUCGAGGCCCGCGCCGUUCUCAGCGGCGGCGAGGAUGUCGCCUCCGCCGAUCUUGAGAAGCGUCUCGAGCCCAUCACCACCUCGAUCGUGGUGGCUGCCGGCUCCGCCCUCGCCACCAAGGCCGUUGACGCUGCCGUCAAGGCGGUCGGCAACGCCAUCAAGACCCUCCAGAACUGGGACAACGUCCGUGAGCAGUUCACCAAGAAGACCACCGCAGAGAUGUGGAACGCCGUUGACAAGAAGACCUACUCGGCCGCCGUCUGCUACAACAUGGAUUACGAGGCGCCCAACAUUGACGGCAAGACUUCGGUCUCUGUUAAAUCGGGCCUUCUCAAGACUACCUACGACUGUUUCUUCAUGAAGGCCGGCGCCGGCACCUUUAAGGGCAAGGGCGACGGUGGCUUCCAGAACCUGGCCGCUCAGCACGACAGCCGCUGCACCUACGACAGCAAGGCCAUCACCCUUACUUGCAAAUAG